UGAAACAAAAUUCGCUCUGCAAUAGUACUCUUAAAACCUCAUUUCUCCGUAACCCUACGCCGCCGCCGCCACGUUCUGAACUGUUUCGCCGGAGAAUUUUCCUCCGCCGUAUUUUCCAUCGAACAAUGUCGGCAACCUUUUCUGCUGCCACACUUUGUGGGGCCUCGGCUUUUCCAAAAGCAUUUGCGUGCACCAGAGAGUUUUCAUGUCUUCACUCAAGUCCUUUUUGCAAUCCAACAAUUUGGUCUGCCUCUAGAGAUCAGAAGAAAAAUGUCUCUUUGAUGAAGGGAAUCAGGUGUCAUGCUAUCGAGGUCGAAACAAGGAUGUCAGCUCUGACCGGCAAGAAAUUUCAGCUCACCGAUGUGAUUGAAGGUCAACAAUUUGAUCGAGAGAUACUAGAUGCUAUAUUUGAAGUAGCCCGUGAAAUGGAAAAGAUAGAAAUGAGCUCUUCUCAAAGUCAGAUACUCAAAGGGUAUUUGAUGGCCACUCUUUUCUACGAGCCCUCCACCCGUACGAGGCUCUCAUUUGAAUCUGCCAUGAAACGCCUAGGAGGAGAAGUUUUAACAACCGAGAAUGCCCGAGAAUUUUCGUCAGCAGCUAAAGGGGAAACCCUCGAAGACACUAUCAGAACAGUCGAGGGCUAUUCAGAUAUAAUUGUGAUGCGACAUUUUGAGAGUGGAGCUGCUAGAAGGGCUGCUGCUACUGCCAAUAUACCUGUCAUUAAUGCGGGAGAUGGUCCUGGAGAGCAUCCCACUCAGGCUCUCUUGGAUGUUUAUACCAUCCAAAGAGAGAUAAAAAAACUAGAUGGCAUCAGUGUGGCGUUAGUUGGAGAUCUCGCCAAUGGAAGGACAGUUCGCUCACUUGCCUACUUGCUUGCCAAGUUUAACGACGUGAAGAUCUAUUUCGUCUCCCCUGAAAUCGUGAAGAUGAAGGAUGAUAUUAAGGACUACUUGACAUCAAUGGGGGUUGAGUGGGAAGAAAGUGCCGAUUUAACGGAAGUUGCGUCCAAAUGCGAUGUUGUGUAUCAAACCCGAAUCCAGAAAGAGCGAUUUGGGGAAAGGACCGACCUUUAUGAAGAAGCUCGUGGGAAGUACAUCGUAGACAAGGAUCUGUUAUCGGUGAUGCAGAAAAACGCUAUCGUCAUGCAUCCUUUACCAAGAUUGGAUGAAAUCACUGCAGAAGUUGACGCUGAUCCAAGAGCUGCGUACUUCAGACAAGCUAAGAACGGUCUGUUCAUUAGGAUGGCUCUUCUGAAGCUACUACUUGUCGGAUGGUGAGGAACAUCGCAGAGGAUCCGACAAUGAACUGAAACACUCACCCAUCCGAGUAAGUGGCAUAGACAACAAGUAUCAUCAACAAUACCUUGCAAGAACGAAGAAAGAAACUCUGGAAAUUAGGUCAUCGAAUCUUUUACUCGUGUUUGGGGAUUGUGUUAUGAGUGUCUUGGUGUCGGGUUUCUGGGAAUAAACAAGGUGGGAGUGAAGACCAAGAGAGGUAUUUGCACUUGCAAUAGCCAUAAACUCCAACACCAAAGGCUUUUGACCUUUGACCUAACGGGUUUAAGAGAGUUUUGCGCGUGUUUGAGGAUUGUGUUCUUUAGGUACUACACCAUAACUGCGUCACGUAAGACCGCAUGGGCAUGUUAGCUAACGGCCGUACUUUGUUUAUAAUAUAUAAGUUCACCGUGAUUUUAA